UGGCAGCAGAUUAUUGCGCUUUUUUCCCGUACGAUCGCGACUCCGACAUUUUUCUCGCGAGCAUUGAAUUUUCACGUAAUAAUUUUCAUCAUCGGAAUCAACGAAAAUGAGGUUACCGCUACAUAUUUACGAUUGAAUUUUCACGCGCUCACGAGUUUUGUUAUUGUUUCAACGAGAUAUUAUUCUUUUAUGGAAAUUUCAGUUUUACGAGAGUUAUAGAUUUUUUCCACUCGUCCGCGGUAUCGAAUGGGGGUGAAAAAAAAGGGGAGUAGGAGAAGGGUACUUUUUUUGUACGUGAUAAAAAAACUUUGAGCUUCGUCGUAAAAUGGUAGUCGCGUCGUGAAAAAAUUGUCGAGCAUUGUUGCAACUGGUAUUAUAAAAAUUGACGAAACUUUAGAAAAAUCUUCGAAGAUGGCAAUCGAUGAAAUGGAGCAGAGGGAUCUGCCUCAGGCAUUCCGAUUGCUAGGAGAGAUGAAUGCCAACGUUGUCCAGGUUAAUCAACUUGUUGACAAUAUGUUAACAAAAGUGAAAAAUGGAGAAGUGUCAACGGACAAGGGUCUAAGCUUUUUGGAAAUGAAGUAUCACAUGCUUCUUUCUUAUCUUAUUAAUUUGACUUAUGUAGUAUUGAGGAAAUGCUCUGGAGAGCGCAUCGAAGGAGAUCCUUCGAUAGAUCGACUCGUCGAGAUAAGAACUGUUCUCGAAAAAAUCAGGCCCAUAGAUCAAAAGCUCAAGUAUCAAAUAGACAAACUAGUAAAGACCGCCGUCACUGGAACUACCGGCAAUAACGAUCCUAGCAAUUUCAAAGCCAAUCCAGACGCGCUUAUGGGUAAAUUGGAUGGUAGCGAGGAUGAGUCUAACAGCGAAGAAGAUGACGAUGAUGCAGCCAACAAAUCAAAACAGUCUAGGAAAUCUGGGGUUUACGUACCACCAAAAUUGGCAGCCGUUCACUAUGACGGGGACGAGACGAUGGCUGAAAAAAUGCGCAAGGCGGGCGAGAGAGCACGCAGGCGUGCAGUAUCCGGUGCGGUAUUGCGCGAACUGAGGGAGGAAUAUUUAGACGCACCAAUCGAGGAUACGCAGGGUAUAGGAGAUAAACAAGCGAGUUUGGGACGUGAGAACAAGCGAAAGAUCGAAUAUGAAGAGAACUACAUGACGCGUUUGCCAGUUACGAAACAGGAGAAACAUCGAAGUCGUCAAAUUACAACGCUGGGCACACUUGGCGACGAAAUAACAACGUUCUCCGGACCUGCCGCAGUCUCUGGUAAAAAGAGAAAAACUUCCAAGGGAAAAGCCAAAAAGAGUUUCAAGAAGAAACGACACCACUAAGCAAUAAGUGGUGUUUUUAUUUGUCCCUCGGACUCGACGAGCUUGAGGAUCUCCACACCAGUUAAUUCAUAAGGUAAAAAGAAUUCUCGAAAGGAUUGAAAAAUAAUAAAACAAAAAAGCACUUAUUCGGAAAUCUCUCGGCAAGAGAGUUUACCGGCGAAAUACUCUCGUUACUAAGUUACGCUAAUUAUUGAAUAAAAAUUUAGUAUUAAAGGUACACACAGCUGUCGAGGAUAAUGCGAAAACAGGAAGAGAAGAAUAUGAAAAUAAUAAUGAAAUGAAACACUCGCAUACACACACACACACACCAUCGCGGUAAUUUAUUAUUGUAUAAGGCAUCAUAAUGGUCGUCGUAAUUGAUAACUAUAGUUACUAAUGGUUUUAAUCUUCAACCGUUGUCUGAAACAAAUUUUUAACUACGGAUCCGUAUUAGUUGGCAAACAAUCAAGAAACUUGAAGCAAACGGGUGGGGCGGGGGAGGGGGGGGGGGGCUAGUAUGGGUUGAAGAUAAAAGAAAAAGGGUCGAGAUUGCAAAUAAAAAGAAAUUGGAAAUUAUGAUAACAAAUAUGAGAAACGUGUAGCGAAUAUUCGCGAGCUUGCCUUUGUCUGCGAAAAAAGAGUAACGUCCGAAUUGGGAGCACAAAUUAAACGAAUAAAGAAGAAGAAGAAGAAGAAGAAGACGAAAAAAUAAAUAAAAAAAAAAAAAAACAAAUAGAAAUUAAACUCCCGCGCCAAGAGAUCUUAAAGCAUAAGAAUAAUUUAACAAACAAAAGUGGAUUCGUCUGCUUUAUUUUGAGAUAAAAAAAACUCCAGUUGUAGAAUGAGAAAAGAGAAAGAAAGGAAGAAAGAGACAAAACAAAAAACGAUAAAACUGAUUACAUUUUAGCGGGAGAGACGGAUGAUAUUGGAUUAAUUGUUACGGGGAGCGUAAAAAUCACAAGACAUUCAAAAACGAAAAACAUACAGAUCAAAAAAAGUAUGAAACAAAGAAAACAAAUAAAGACAAAAAUACAGGAAGCUCGUACUCGACACAGCAAACAACAAAAAAGUAAUCUAAAAAAUACAUACAUAAAUAAAAAUUUAGCGUUUCGAAGUUACACGAAGUUAAAAUACUUCUCGAAUGGUCAGAAAUUCAUUUUUGGCAACCGCAUGUCUUAGGAUUUUUCUCGCUGUUUGUAGAAUAGGAAGACAAAAGAAAAAAAAAUCGGAAAAAUAAGUAAAAAAAAGAAAAAGAAAAAAAAAACAAGCAAAAAAAAAAAUAAGCACAAAAAUACUUGUAGGUAAUAGUUUUACGAAUUUAAACUCGUAUUCUUAUUAUGUUCGUGGAUUUUUUUCGUCGAUUCCUGGUGAAAUGUUGAGGCUAUUGCAUUUCGGUGUCGUUCAUUUAUGAAUAUAUCUUGCGUUAAGUUUUUAUUUAAAGCGCGCGAUGGCGUUCGCGAAUGCGCGCGCGCGCGUCUUUAUAAUCGUUGUUUUAACAUUAUACGAGGGAAAAAGAAGCUCCAUUGUUUAUAUUGAUGGUAAUAUAAGGAUAAAGUGGACGUGUCAAAAUUCAAAAUUGAGGUAUAAAGAGAAGCAAAACGAAAAUCCAAUUACUCAAGUACUGUUUUACGUUCAAACGCGUUUUUGGUUUCCUCGAGAACGUGACGCGCGCACUGACAUCAAGAAACGAAUGAUAUUUAUCGCCGUGAAUAUGAGACAGAGAGCCUCGAGAAUCGAUUCUGUCCGGAGUCAAGCGAGACAGCAAUUAUACCGUGAAACAUAAUUUUUUGGAAUCCUCGUAGUGUGCAGAACAGGUUGAAAAAAAAGAAACAAUAUGAAAAUAGAAAAUGAAAGUCAAAACUACCCCUCGAAAACUCCACUGCAAAACAUUAAAACGGUAAGGGUGGGGCACCGUCAAAGAGAAAAAAAAAAAACAAAACGAGCAGCAACAUUAAAGGCGAAAACGUUUCAGAAGAGAUUCGCGAAAUAACAAACGAUCCAAGCAAAUACCAUGUGUUUCUUGACCGCGCCUGAGGGCUCAAAACAUCCAUAUAGAAUUUAUAUUUUUUACAGAAGUGUUCACCGAUUGAGCCCGAUGUUUGUGCGGUCGCGAUGUCACGCGCGUCUCGUUCUUUCCGAUCUGUGAAAGACGAUUAAAAUGUGAUAAAAAUAAUAAAAAAAAAAAAAAAAAAAAAAAAAAAAAUAAUAAUUCUUGAAAGAAUAGCGGGGGGAAAAACAAUUAAAAUGAAGAAGAAGAAGAAGAAGGAAAAAAACAAAUACGAACGAAUGAGACUACAGAAAAGAAGAAAAAAAAAUAGCACAAUUGCUGGGCAUUAUUUACAAGUGCUAGCACACGAGCCUAAAACUGUCAGCAGCGGAUAGUCUCUCGGCCGUUUUGGCAAACGAAGUUGCGUACGUAGGCGUGUGAGCUCCAAUAUGUACCGGGUGAUAAAGCAGGAAGAUUAAGUAAUGACUUUCUCAUUUCGAAGUAUUACGAACUCCUCGUUUAUCUUUCGGUAUAACGAAAAACAAGCAAAAAAAAAAAACCGAGAAAAAACAAAACGAAGAUGAGCUACGAACGCGUACUGUUUAAACUUCUUGCCUAGACGAUAAUAAUUUUUUGACGCCCUCUACAAUGAGACUAAUGCAAAACUACGAGUCCAAAUUCCUUUUUCCAAAUGGACAGGGUUUUUUCGUAUUAGCGCCCAAGAGUGUGCGCGACAUAAACAAUGAGAUAUUUUACAACAGGAUUGUAUUGUUCCACAAAAAAAGAAGAUGAAAAAUAAGAAGAAGACGAAGAAGAAUAAUAAACAAAUAUUGCGUCCGUUUAGGCGCGUAAAAACUUUUUAUUAAAAAUACUGUGUACAUUAGCUAUGUCUGUAUUGGUUCGAUGAAGGAAUGAAUUGCAUUUAACAAGUAUAUUUUCGAUGCAUUGGACUUGUAGAAAAAGAAAAGCAGAAAGAACGAGAGAGAGAGAGAGAAAAAGUAUGAAAAUGAAAAAGAAGUAAGGUCGAAGCUGGACAAAAAUGGGCGUAAAAAGUAAUAUUCAUUGGAACACACACAUAUCUGCAACACAGCAUAUAUAGCAGCAACAAAAUAAUAGGGUUAUACAUUGAAUUCACUACCUCAAGACAAUAGACUAUUGGUAAAACAGUAAUAAGGCCUGACGACAAAAAGACUUGUUUACAUCGUUUGAUUAUUGCCAAAUAAUAAGUAAAAAAAUGAAUGAAUUAUCAAAGUUAUAAAUAUAUAUUGCAUAUAUGUAAACAGAUAUAUCGUUUACAGCUCCGAAGAUACAAAACGAACAAACAAAUCUCAUACUACUAGUUGUUUACUACUGUAUUGUGCCAAAAAAGCACGAUCGCGACUCGGGCCUUUUGCCACUUGGGUAAAAAGCGUCACUGUUCCUUCGUGAUUAUUCCUAGCCGCUAUUAUUAUGAGACUUAAUGAAAAAAAUGAUGAAAUCGUUGUACGAAUCAUACUAAUAUGCGUUAUUGUAAACGAUGUAAACAUAGUCGUACACGCAAGAAUGAGCUGAGAAAGAGAAAACGGGGUGAUCGGGAAAUAUAAUAAAGAAAAAAAACGAAACGAGUAAAAGUGAGGUUACAAAACUUGUCCUACAAAUCCAAAUGUGCUGCCGGGCUAACGCGAUGAUGUAUCUUUGCAGCAACAACAAAAACUGACAAAAUAGGAAUAAUUUAUCAACUACAUUAAUGGAGUUAUAUAUAUAUACAUAUGUAAAUAAUACAUAUAUAUGUAUAUACUCCCGCUGAGGAAUAUAAAACAAUUUUAUAAGUUUGGUUAUUCGAUGAUGUUUUUUUAUCAUUUUUAUUUUAAUAUGGCAGGUGAGCGUACGAAAGAGAGGGGGAGAGAGUCUACCUGUAAUUUACAAAUGGUUAUUACGAAUGAAUUUCUAUUAUUAUUAUUAUUAUUGUCAUUAUUAUUGAUAUUAUGUAGAAGGCUUCUUACUGACUGAAUAAAAUGUUUUCAAUGUCGACUAA